GUUUUCAGGUUCGUUUCAGAGCACGGCGCGACAAACUGGAAAGAUGUCGCCACGGUUAUGAACAAGGCGUUCUCGACAGGCCGUACUGCCAAGCAGUGCAAGGACAUGUGGUUUGACCACCUUUCUCCCACUUUGCGGAGAAGUCCGUGGACCUACGAAGAAGAUAUGCUGCUGAUGGCGGCACACCAAGCGCUCGGCGACGGCAAACUGCGACUUGGGAUGAAAAAGUGGCGCAUGAUAGCGGAACGCAUCCCUGGCCGAAGCGGACCCGGCGUGCAGGUGCGACGAUGCGAUGUGCGUCUUAUUGACCUUUCCUUUGCUACUGCACAACUGUGCGUUGCUUAA